GAUAAUUACUUAGUCUCAUUGAAUUCAGUUAAAAAAGACUUUAAAAUAGGUUUAUGAAUUAUUGAAAAGUUUUUAAAAUGUGGUGAAGGCAGAAAUGAAUUUGUUCUGAGAUUGGGUGAUAACAAUAGAAGAAAAUAAAUAUUAGCAGCUAUUUCUGAUUAAAAAAAAGUAUAAGAUCCUUUAUUUUUAAUGUAAUUAUAUAUUAAGGAGAGCAUUAACGAUACUCAGAGAGGAAAUUUAUCUACUUGGGCAAGAUAUCUUUUUGACGCAUAAUACAGUUUAUUCUGCACAAUUGUUGGACAUAGAACAAGUUAUAAAUACAUCUUUCACAUUGAGCAUAAUAUGGAACACCGAAGCGUUUUGCUUACUUUUGUUUAUUAUCACCGCCAAAUUGCAGCUUGAAGAAAUAACAGAGAUUAACAUGGAAGAAGUUGAAAAAGUGUACAAAAAUAUCCAAGAAAGAGUACUACGUUUAUGUAUUGAUGAUAGUAAAGUUGAAAAAGAACAUGAAAAAGAUUUUGGUCCACGUCUUCGACUUGUAAAAAUGGCUCAAUUAAUUCAGGAAAUCGGAAAUCAGCUACAUUGUUCCAUUAUUACUAUUGCGAAGGCCCAGGUUUUAUACCAUCAAUUCCAGAGACUGAAGAAGAAUUCUGACCUUAAAACAUUGGAAGUUGCAGCUGCCUGCUUAAUUUUGAGUAUCAAAUUCAAUCAAGAGGAUGUAACUAUUGAGGAAGUCAUCAUAAAAUUUAUUCAUAUGGCACAAGAUUUAAACACUGUCCCAAUGCCUAUAAGACGUGAUCCUUCAUCGGAAGAGCUUCAAGAUAUGAAAAGAAAAUUAUGUUCAAUUGAAUACACUGUAUGCAAAGUACUGGGUUUCAAAAACUUUAGAAUAGCUCAUUCGUAUGUGUUCAAGUUUCUGGCCCAACUUCAGUCAUUACCUGAUGUAAGUGAGACUGCAAUUUCAACUAUAUCCACUACAGUCAUGAAACUUCUGUCUACAUACUAUUUGUGUGAAGGAUGUAUAGAUUUUGAUGCUGUUGAAAUUGCUACUGCCUGUCUUCAGUUUGUUGACCUAUUUCAUGGUGGUGUUACUUCCUCUAUUCAUUAUAUUUUAAUGGGAGAAUUUAGCUCUAUAUCUAACAAAAACAGGACAUAUGAUAUUCUGAAUGACAUGAUUAUAGCUUCUGAUGUGUCUACGAUAUUGACGUUUACCUAAAUUGUUCAAUGUAAAUCAUUUGUACAUUAUUUUUUAAAAUCUUGUAACAUAUCAUUUGUUUUAUUGGAGUACAUACACAAUUGCAUUAUGUAUUUACUUUUGAUGUGACAUUAAAAUACAUCACUGUUUUGUCUUUUA